AUAAUGUCAAAAGCUAAGUAAUUAAUCUAUCUAUUUGAAAUAGGAUUAUUGCGAAGAAAAGUGUUUAAUCAGUAAUGAAUGAAUUACAAUUACUUAGUUAAUUGAAACAUAAGUAAACUCAAUCCCUUAAAAUAGUUUCAUUAUUAAUAUGUAAGCAGCAUUCUAGGAUCGAGACAAUCUCUAUCUAGUCAUGGAUUUACUAACAGGCGGAGAUCUGAGAUACCAUCUAUGCAAAUAGAGGAAAUUCAAUGAAGAGCAAACUAGUACAUAAAAUUAAACAAAAUAGAAUUCUUUGUGGUUUGUAUAAUCCUCUCAUUGGAAUAUCUACAUGUGAAUGGAAUUCUCCAUCGAGAUGUGAAACCUGAAAAUUUAGUCUUUGAUGAUAAAGGAUACUUAAAAUUGACUGAUAUGGGAAUUGCUCGUUAAUGGAAACCAGAAAAUGCAUAAGAUACCAGUGGCACACCUGGAUACAUGGCUCCAGAAGUGAUGUGCAGUAAGAAUUUCAAUAUUUUAAUCUAAUUAAAUAGGAUAAAAUCAUGGAGUAGGUGUUGAUUAUUAUGCCCUUGGAGUUAUUGUUUAUGAAUGCAUAAUGGGAAAAAGACCAUAUGUGGGCAAAAGUAGAUAAGAAAUUAGGGAUCAAGUUAUAGCAAAAUAAGUUCAAAUAAAAAAUAAUGACAUCCCCACCGGGUGGUCAUUGGAGGCAGUUGAUUUUGCCAAUAAAGUAUUAUUUCCAAUUAAGAACAAGCUCAUUUAAAGAAAACCGGCUAAUAGAUUAGGAGUGAAUGGUCCUGAUGAAGUUAAGGCCCAUUAAUGGUUUAAGGAUUAUGCAUGGGAUAAGCUAUUGGACAGAUAAAUAACUGCUCCAUAUAUUCCCAGGGAUGACGAAAUGAUUUAAAUUGCAAAUGAAAAUCGUAGAGAUUCUGCCAAUGAAAUCGAUCCUGAAAGCGUAUUAAGUUUAAGAAGGAACUCGAUCUAAGGUAUUGAUACUUAUUGAAUAUUAGCUCAAUUUGGAGGGUAUACUUUCAAUGGAAGCAAUAAUAAUAAUAAUAAUGCUAAGCCUCAAUCCACUAAUGUUAGUGUCCCAGCAAUAUUGUCAACAAAGGCUAAUUGA